UGCAUUUCGCAUAUCAAAUUAAUGUUCUGAAUAGAACAUAAAGUUAAACAUUCAUAUUCUUACGGAAGUAUUGGUUAAAAGGUGUAUAACGACUUAUUAAUAGAUAGUGAAGGUUUUCCAUCUAUAUUAUCAACUUGAAUAAACGCAUUUUAUUUUAUCACCGAAAAUGUCGAAACUACAGCAAAGGCGCGGAUAUCAAAGAACAUUAAGUAGUGCUCCAGAUGACUUACCAGAGGAUGCUCAUCUGUUAUAUAAAACUGAAGAACGGGGAUGUUGUCCUAUAUUCUCGUCAUGUGUCAAUUCGUUGGAAGAUACGGCUGAUACAAUACACCAAGAGCUAAGUCGAUUUUUGUUAAAAUUCUUAAUACAUAGGGAAUGUUAGUCCAAAAUGUUUUUGAUAUACGCAAUAAGAUCUGAUAAAGGUUAAUGAAUAAAGAACAUUUAACUAAUAUUUCCAGAACGGAGUUAGAAAAUGAGCUGCUAGUUGGAUAUAUAUGUGAAUAGUUGCGCGUACACGGGUUGGCUUAAUAAAAAUCUUAAGGCCUCAAUAGACGGUAGGAUUUAGUUGUACAACACAAAUGAAAUGUAAGAUGUACAGCCAAAUAUUAUCAUGUGUACGAUGCUAUUCCUUGAUUUCGUAAAUCUUAAGUUUUGACUUACAGACUAGGACACGUUCUCUUUCGUUAGUUUUGCAUUACGUACCACCCACAUUGAAAGCAACAAAUGGGUAAAUUAUUAGUUGAUAAUGAAGCAAGUGAAUGAAAUUCCAGAAAUAAUUGCCCAAACAACAACACAAAUCUGAAAACAAAAUGGCUUCCAAUACAUAAUGGAAAAAUGAUGACAUUGAAAAGUAAAUUGAUUUGUAUCAUGUGCAGUCGGAUUCAUAGGACAAAAAUAAUCGUAAACAAUGUUAUUCUGUCUAGCCAACAGCCUUAAAUAACUAAGAUUUAAAUUCAAAUCCGCCAACUUGUCUAAACACUUGUAAAACUUGUCAGUGACAAUCGGCCAUUUUGUUACAAAACGAAAGUAGAAAACCUAUGCCUUACUUUGCGUCUUCGGGUUUAAAUGUAAGUUAUUUAAGGCAGCAGGCUAAGCAGAAUAAAAUAUGAAGUGGAAAUUUUGGUUGUUCCACAGCGGGUCCAAGUAAACCACCAUAACGUAACGGCAACAUAGGGACCUUUUCAAAGAAAAAUUAAUAUUUUAUUUUCGUUUUAGUAUUAAAAACAAUAGUUUUUUUUACUUUUUUAUGGGGGACUCAUAUACGGUCACAAAGACUGGACGAGCACCUGUGUAUUGAAGGAAAGCUUCGAAAAUCAAUACACAGGUCAAUAUUAUUUUUCAUUAUUAAUGGUUACAUUCUUUUCAGUACCUGAUGCACUAUGUUCACUAGGUAAAUCUCUGUGGUUUUUAUGAGACAGGAAUAUUGUCAGAAUGUAACAAUUGUACAUCUUUGAGAUAAUUGAUGUUGUACAACUAGAAUCAACCGUCUGUGGACACCUUUGUUUUAUACAUGGACUUUUUUAUUUCUUUUUUUUAUGAACAAAUGUCUACGGGCUACAAUUCACAGCUUGACCUUUUUUCAAUUUCCAAAUGUCUGUAGCCCACAAUUUCUUGAAGAACAUUAUCUAUGCUUAAUAAAAACUAACACGGGAGAAAUAUGGUAGUCAUCUUUGGUACAUGAUAAUAGUUUGGUUUUGUGCCAAUGGAAAGUUAGAGAAAUUAGGAAACUGGUGGUUAUAUCAACUAUUUAUAAUAAUCAUCAUAAGCAUUUCAUAAAAAAUCAGUUUGAAUUUAUAAAAUAACAGUAUGACAUAUAAAAAAGAAAUUUCCCACAUGGCUUCAAUCUGUUUAAUUUUUUACUGAGUUUAGAACCUAAUUUUCGACAAAAGAACGCAAAAAAUAACUUAUAGCAGAAAAGCACCGUCUAAGACAAAGAAAGAAAAGAUCACAUCUUUAUUUUCUGGUCUUGAGUAUUACACAGUUUCAUAACAGGACCAAUUACAGUAUGUUAUGUAGGUUGCACAAAUAAAACAUAAUACUGUAAUGUGAGAAACGAUCCACUUAAGCAAUUGAUCCACUUUUGUUAAAGAUUAACGUUGAAUGUUAAACGUAUCUGAACCAAUAGAAGACAGAUUAUAAUUUCGCUUUGUUAAACUUUAAGAACAGAAAUAUGAAUAAGUAUUAAUUAGUUUUUACAGGGUUAUAGAGGAUAUUUCUUUGUUCCACUGUAAGAUUUAAAUAUUUUUCACAAAGUGAAAAUAGUAUUUUACUUGUGACGUAACGUGACCACGGGUGAAAAAAUGAAAGUUCUCAAGUUAAUGCUAUUUUAAUCUUAUAUGUUAAACAAAAAGCUUCUCUCUUUUCUUUCCAACAUAACGUACACCAUACAACGUCAGAUGCAUGGCACAAAUGACAACGUCACGGUGCUUUAUUUUGGAAGCAUUAGUUAUAUAAGAUUGAUUGUCUCCUAAUACAUUCUAAUAAAAUCUGGAAAUUAGAUCCCUCGGAAGCAUCGAGAACAAGGCAAACUGAAAAUUGCAGACUCGGUUUGAUUGAGUCUGUUCAUGGGCGGUAAUGGAAAAUGCAACACUGCCCACGCCCCUAGCACCGGCUUAAGCAGUAUUCAAUCUUCAAAUCUAAAUGAGUUGAAAUCAAUGAUCCCGAAGGACCAGAAAAUAUAACAACACUGAGAUGAAGUCGGGGCGACAUUUUACGGCCGCCACACAGCACUUAACAUACGAUGGACAUUUUAUUUAAUCUAUAUGUACAUCUUUAAGCGUAAUACGUAGUGCCAAUAAAAUUAUCGUUUUGAAAAUUCAAACCGUUGUAUUUCAAUACACUACUGAAAAGAGAAGCAUUGAAUAAAUUGAUAUAUUUCAGGUACCCGAAAAAGUGUCCGAUAUAUUAGUAAGUGACCCAGAUACUCACGGACAAGAUUAUAGAUUAGAGGCAAAAUUAUCAACUUUUGAAGUACGGGAUGGAGAUGAAUGUUCAGAAUAUAAAAGACAUAUGUUUACAGGCAUUAAUGCUGAUGGUACUGCAUCUGAAAUGAAACUAAAGAAUGAUGAUGAAAUAGUACUUAUGAAUGGGGACGUAUUUGCUCCAAGCAUUACCCAUAACGAAGCCUUACAGAUAUUCCUAAAGAUUAAGGUUGACGGAAGAUCUUCUUUUAAAAUGGUUAUCCGAAGGAAAAAAGUUCCAGGCUGUUGCGGAGGUUCUGGUUGGACAUGGAUAGAAUUAUCUACAACAUUUACUCUAAAGAGGGAAAUAGAACAUCCGAUAAAGGUUGUCACACAAUCACAGUUAUUGAGAAGGAAUAGAAUGGAAAUGUCGUUUAACAGUUUGUACCUGUAUAAAAUUCAAGGCACACAACGUUAUAUAACAAUAGACAAUGGUCACGUAUACACAGAUACUUUAGCUGGAGAUGAAAGUGAUAUGACAAAGCGACUUUUGAAACACGAGAUAGUAAGUCAGUACAGGAAUGAAGAUUUUAGUUUCACGGUGGCUUUAAGUGACCACACACGAUCUUGGUUUAUUGCAGACGAUAAGAAAGGAAGAAUUGUUCUAAGAGUACAGGAAACCCUGCUGGUUUGGUUUUACAUGUGCAGGAGGUAUCGUCACAUUUAAAACAAAAAGAACAGGAAAUUACCUUGCUUAUGACCACACUAAUAACCAGCUUAGACUACGAGCUGACAGAUUUUGUUUAGAAGAAAUAGAAGUGCCACAGCGCAGAAAACAGCUCUUCAAGCGCUAGAAGAGAACACAGGAACUCAACAUAGAAACACAAUUUAUAGCAAGCCUAAUGAAUACAUUUUUGAAAUUUGUAAAUUGUAAAUUUUGAUAUUUUCUGAGUAAGUGCUUUGCAAAAAGUAUCGUUUUGAAAAUGUUUUAUGAAAUAAUACUUCGGUAUUUGUAACAUAUUGUAAAUAUUCUACGUGUUUAAACUUUUCAUAUAUUUGUUAGAAAGUUUUAAUAUUGUAUGUGAUAAUAGUUUGAUAUACAAAAAUAUUAUAUAUUUUGUGGGUUGAUAUUGUGAUUCCUGUAAACUGUUAAUGUGUAUAACAUAUUAGAAUAUUGUACGAGUUGGUUAGGAAGUGUUAAUACUAAAUGUUUGUGUUUGUACUUUGAUACAUGUAGAGUAUUCUAAAUAUUGAACGAGCUGAUACUCCAAUAUCUUCUAAAUAGUGUCAAUACAGUAUUUGUUAAAACAUUGAUAACUGCUAGAAAGUGUUAAAACAUUAUAUUUGUGUUAAUACCUCAAUAUUUGUAAAUAAUUCUAAAUAGUGGAUGCUUUAAUACUUUGGUUUUAGUAAAAUAUACUAUAUAUAUUGUACGAGGCUCUAAAAAGUGUGUUUAUACUUAUGAGUUGACCGGUUCAUCCGUGGCUGUGUGGUUAAGGUCGCUAACUUAAUACACUUAUCCCUUAUUGAUGUGGACUUGAGCCUCACUCGGGGCGUUGAAUUCUUCAUGUGAGGAAGCCAUCCAUCUGGCAUACGGAAGGUCGGUGGUUCUACCCAGGUGCCCGCUCGUGAUGAAAUAAUGCACGGAUUGGCACCUGGGGUCUUCCUCCACAAUCAAAGCUGGAAAGUCGCCAUAUGACUUAUAAUUGUGUCGGUGCCACAUAAAACCCAAUAAAAACAAUGUAGGGAUAAUACACGUUUUUUUGUGUAUUAACGUCUGCAGAAGCCCACGGAAAGGUUUGUGACCGAGACCGAAUACAAAAAACAGACGUGUAUUGUUGCUAUUCUGGCAUAAAAAACACAACACGACGACUAAAUGUAUUGUUUUCAUAUGUGAUGACUUUACAAUUCCGGUACAUUUUUUAAUUACCAUUCUGUUGUUCUUGUAAACGGUAAACAUGUUUUAAAUAUCCAUAACCGGGGCCCAGAAAUCAACAACACUACAAAAAGCACGAUAUGAAGGUUUUUAAACGAUUUUUUAUCUCUCGUUAUUAUAAACAUGACAUUACCAAUAAUUGCUCAUAUUACUUAAGCCCGCCCGCUUAGCUCAGUAGGUAGAGCGUUGGUCUAUGGAUCGCGGGGUCGUGAGUUCGAUCCUAGGGCGGGGUAUUACUUAAGCCUGCCCGCUUAUCUCAGUAGGUAGAGCGUUGGUCUAUGAAUCGCGGGGUCGUGAGUUCGAUCCUAGGGCGGGGCGUAUGUUCACCGUGACUAUUUGAUAAACGACAUUGUGUCUGAAAUCAUUAGUCCUCCACCACUGAUUCAUGUGGGGAAGUUGGCAGUUACUUGCGGAGAACAGGUUUGUACUGGUACAGAGUUACAUGACUGAAAUACUGUUGAAAAACGGCGUUAAACCCAAAACAAACAGACAGACAAAAUUAUAUUACUUAAUAACUUUACAGUCUUGUUUUUUGAGUACAAACACAUUUAGAGUACGGAUGAGUACGAACGUAGUGACAAGCUUUCAAGCUGUAUAUAUAAAUUCUUCGAGAAAUUAGAUUAAAACAUGUUGACUGAUACUUACCAAAAUCAUUAAUAUGAUUCAUAAAAACAAACAGUCCUACAAGUUACAUGCAAUUCUUAGAUAGUCACGGUUGUCUACAAAAACUGAAUCGACGCUCACUUCUAAAAGGGGAGUAAACAAGGAGAGGAGAGAAGUGAGUACGAACAUUGUUGGGGGCAGUGCAUUUUGGCGUUUGAAACUGAUAUAGCAAAACAUUAUAUGGAUUAGAUUGCAUCUUUCAUGAAGAGGUUUUUUUAUGAAAGAAACAAGACGCAGAUAGCAGAUGUCAAUCUGCGCAGAAAUACGUAUACGUCUCUGGGAAAGCAUUUCAAAAAUAGAAAUAAUGUAUUAACAGCACGUGAAUUGCCUUGUUUGCACACGACUUUUCUCCCAUUAAUACAUGGGCGGAUCCAGUGAAAAUAAUAAUAAAUAAAAGUAUGAAUUGAUACUAUUAUGCAGUAAAUUUUUGUGUAUAUUGUUUAUGAUCCCGUACAUUUUUUUAAUAUAUUGUUCAGUAAGAAUUUUAAUCCUUUAUUGUCAUUUUGAUUUUGAUUUUGAAAUAUAGACAGGUUUUUGGAAAGAAAUUUCGGGCUCAAACAUAAGCUAGAAGCACUUUCAUUAUCUUGUCGUUUUUGCAUCUUAAGACCUGUCGUCUUCCUUGGAUGUUAGCUUAAAGUCAACAAACUUAUAGGGGUAAGGUCUACUAAAAGAUUCUAAUUUUAACUUUAUGAUUAAUUACUUGGUUACAGACUCUUAAAUCAGUCUUAAGAGUGGACAUAGCAAUCGCCUAUUAGGUCAUAAAUGAGAAGAUCUUUCACACUACCUUCGACUACGGACGCUGGAUGCCCAUGCGGUGUUAAUAAGUUGGUAAUAAGGAAUUUCAAUGGUUUUUAAUUAAUCUAUUCAAAUUAAGUCUAUUCAUGUGACUGAUGUCCUGAAAUUAUACUUUGUCUUUUUUAAUCAUGUAAGUUAAAGUUCUCUUAAGAAAGGGUUCUGUUCUUAAAGAGCCAUACACAUUCCGGCUCUGAAAUUCUAAAGAUACUUCUUAAUUGUUACAAUAAAAGAGGAAAAAAGGACACCUUAUUAUUUCUGUCUUAGCUAAGUCUUAUUUUUGUUUAAAGUUAAAUGUUUUAUUGAAACUCUUUUGAAGAUGUUUUCAUACUGCUAGAUUAAAAUAAGUUUCUUAUUUUAAUUGUUAAGAUACAUGUUGAAACUGUUUUAUUCAGUGAGCUUUAAGCAGCUACAUUGAAAUUAUGUUUUAUUUUUCUAGUAUUUAAUGUUUGAUAAGGUAGCACAUCGGAGUCUGCCAAGCUAAUUUGAAGUUCACUUUUGUACUAAUUUUACAUUUGGAACUUUGUGUUAAAUUUUUAUCGUGGAAAUAAUUAUUUGUUGAAGUAAAUGAAUUUGUUUCAAGAGUGUUAGAUUUUUUCAUAGUUAUUUAAUGUUUAGCAGUAUAUCACAAAACAACAGAAAUGUUCAGUAAACGAACAACAUCUUGACAAACAACUUAUCUGUCCAAUACAUGUUUUACUGUUCAGUCCCAUAGAAUUGGAUACUGAAAAUAUUCUAAAGUAGUUGUCCCCCUUUAAAAGGAAUGCCAUUUUAAAAGAAAUAAAAGUAAACAAAAAUAUAUUGUCAAAAACUAUGUUUUACCUAGUUAUGUUAAGUUUAAACAUUCACAGUCUGGUGAUUUGUUGCAAAUGUAUCAAAACGAAGACAUGUAACAGUUUUUUUAAAACUGGUGAGUUUUUAAAGGCGCUGAACUAUCCAGAACUGUGGCCCGUCAUGCAGUCCGUCACCGGAAUUCAAUACCUAUAUGAGUUAAUUGACGAUGGUUUUGUGAAUAAUAUACAUGUUUUAUAUGCUGUUUCAUUUUCAUGUAAACAAUGCUUUCUUUUUCAUGAUUUGGUGAUGUUCAAACAUUUUUUCUCCGAAACAUGGACCUUACUCUUAAGAUAGUUCCCCAUUUAGUCUAGGAAAUGAACACGAGGGUUGAGAACAAAACGGUUUCUCUAUCUGUAAGCACUUAAACCACUUUUACUGUUACUCCUAGGCCAGCGAGGAUAUCACAAAAUUUGUUGUUUUUACUUGUAGAAAAUGUGUGUAGAUUUUUAUCAUUUAUAUGUCCAUAAAUAAUUUUGUUUUGAUGAGACAAUGUUUUUUAAACAAAGCUAUUCCUGUGAGAUUUGAUCCUUUUUUGGCAUUUUAUACACUUUAAUUUUUGUAAUGGAAUGUUUUGGUAUUAUGUGACACAGAUUAACAUGUUAUAAAAGCGGAUACUGAAACCCAAUCCUCUCAAAGCAAUAAUCACGUACUUACUUGUGCACAUGCAUUUCCUGUUUGGGUUUCUAUAACAU